GACGCGCCGCCGUCGCUAGGGUUCUUCUUGGUGUCGAUCGUCUAUCGUCUUCUUCCACCUCUGGUUCUCAGAUUCUUUUGUUUCGUUCCGUUGAAUAGGAUGAGAGGCAGAAGCUACAGUUGCAGUCCGUCACCACCAAGGGGUUAUGAGAGAAGAGGACGUAGUCCGAGCCCUAGAGGUCGCUAUGGUGGGCGUGGUAGAGAUCUCCCAACCAGCCUUCUAGUUAGGAAUCUUCGCCGUGACUGCAGACCUGAGGACCUCCGUAGGCAGUUUGGGCAAUUUGGUCCACUGAAGGAUAUCUAUCUGCCGCGUGAUUAUUACACUGGAGAGCCACGAGGGUUUGGGUUUGUCCAAUAUGUCGAUCCGGCUGAUGCAGCUGACGCUAAGUAUCACAUGGACAGGCAAGUUCUUCUUGGCAGAGAAUUAACCGUCGUAUUUGCAGAGGAGAACAGAAAAAAGCCUUUGGAGAUGAGGGCAAGACAAAGAAGGGGUCGUGAUCAUCGAAGAUCACCUCGACACCCGCGGUCUCCUCGCUAUUCCCGCUCCCGAUCUCGCUCACCGCAAUGUUCUCGUCCAGCACGUGGUAGAUCCCGCUCUCAGAGCCAUAGUUAUGAUUCUCCUUCGCCAAAUCACAGGCAUCACUCAAGGUCUGUUUCACCCCGCAAUGGAAAGCCGAACCGGGAGAGGUCAUAUUCCCACUCACCUCCAGGCAGCAGAUCACGAAGUAGGAGUCCUGGAGAUUUACCGGAGUAAGCCAUCGCCCAGAGAAAGGUCUCUUUUGGAGCUACUAGUCAAGCAGAUCGAGUAGUAUGUGCGGUGUUACUGGCAGCAUAGUUUAGUUACAACUGGUAGAUGGACACCUGCUGUGGCGAACAGCACUUGGAUUGUUUCCUUAGCUGAAUGUUGCGGACCUGAUUGAAGUUUAGUGGACUCGCUACAAUCGUUGGUAGUGUGGGUUUGAACAUUUGAUGCAUCCCUCCAAUUAGAUUGAAUUUACAAGUGUUUUGCUUUUCCUGUUUCACAUUCUUGUCUUGCACGCAAUUUUGCGUUAAUAUAUGUUUUUGACUCAC